GAAACGAAAAAUCAUAUUGGGCACAAUUUUGCAGAUUUCUCCGAUAGGAUUCUGAUACUUCUUCCUCCCCGGGAUUGUGAUCUUGCAAUCAGCCAGGAAGAAGAAGAUGAUGGCGAACGCUCCCCUGUUUUUUCCACUCAUCUUCAUCUGUUUCUUCUCCUCUGCUCCAUCGGCCUCGGUGAUCACCCAUUUGCCUGGAUUCCGAGGCUCAUUGCCCUUCUACUUAGAGACAGGGUACGUGGAGGUGGACAGGGAGAACGGUGGCGAGUUGUUCUACUACUUCAUCCAGUCGGAGAGCAAGCCGGCGGAGGACCCUCUGUUCCUCUGGCUCACCGGCGGUCCCAGGUGCUCUGCCUUCUGCGGCUUGGUCUUCGAAAUCGGUCCCCUGAAAUUUGUGACAGCCGAGUACAACGGGAGCUUGCCGAGCUUAGUGUACAAUCCCUAUUCCUGGACCAAGGUAGCCAACGUGAUCUUUGUAGAUUCCCCAACGGGUUCUGGAUUCUCAUACUCGAGGAAAAAUGAAGGGUAUGAUGCCAACGACACGUCUUGGUCUGAACAGGCUUAUAAGUUUCUCAUACAGUGGCUUGUUGAGCACCCACAAUUCAUCUCCAAUCCCCUCUACAUUGCUGGGGAUUCAUAUGCUGGAAAAAUUGUACCUAUUGUGGCUAAAAGAGUGAUGGAUGAUAUUGAUGAAGGGAAAGAAUCACUAUUUAACCUCCAGGGUUAUUUGGUUGGCAACCCAUUCACAGGAGGAGAAGUAGAUAGGAAUUCUCAAAUACCUUAUGCUCACAACAUGGGGAUCAUUUCUGAUGACUUAUUUGAGAUGACACAAAGAAGCUGUGUAGGACAAGAUUAUCGAACUCCCACCAAUUCGCAAUGUGCGAAGUAUCUUGACACAAAUGACAAUUUCUAUUCAGAAAUUAAUCAGGGUCACAUUUUGGAAAUGGUAUGUGCUCCUGACUUUGAAACCGACCCACUGCAUCGUUGUAUGCGUGCGACUUCUGAUGAGAGAAACUCGAAGCAGAACUUGCAUUUUCUUCAACCACCCCCAUUGCCUGACCUUAGUUGUCGGACUUAUGCCUAUGUUCUAUCAUACUAUUGGGCUAACAGUAAGACUGUGAGGAAAGCCCUCGACAUCAAACAGGGGACAAUUAAAGAAUGGGUGAGGUGCAAUUUUACCUUACCAUACACAUACAGAUACGACAGUAACAUCGACUAUCAUCUUAGCCUUUUGCAAAGAGGCUAUCGUGCUUUGGUUUACAGUGGUGAUCAUGACUUGGUGAUACCCUUUCCGGGGACAAGACAAUGGAUAAAGUCUUUGAAUUCUUCUAUCAUCGAUAAUUGGAGGUCUUGGCUUGUCGAUGGUCAAGUUGCAGGGUACACAAUGGCAUAUUCUAACAAUUUGACAUUUGCAACGGUAAAGGGUGCUGGUCACACAGCUCCAGAGUACAAACCGAAAGAAUGCCAAGCUAUGAUCUCAAGGUGGAUUGCAAAUGUACCUCUAUGAUAUGUUCUUCCCUACAUCACGAAGGCUCAUCUUAAUACGAAGAUGAUUCAUUAAAAAAAAGCACCAAAAUACCACACCACAAUGGCGGUGACUGCUUUGUAUAUCAUCCAUGGUCACUUAUUUUAAAGAUAUAUUAAUAAUAAUCUUAGACUUUGUGUAUAAGGAAAAAAGUGAAAAUAGAGUCCAUACGAGUGCCCAAUUAGUUAGAGGAUGAUAGUUUUACUAGAAUGGAAUAAGGGGUCAAUUCUCGACUGGCGCAUGACAUCAAGGAAAAAAAACUUCUUCCCCUUCUAGCCACUUGAUGAUUGGUUAUAAGUUGAUUAUGUAGUUUACUUCUCUUCACAUAAUUUGGGGACAGAUUGUGAGAGACGAUUGAAGUGUACGUAAUCAUCUUUUGUUACAAUAAAAUUGUGAAAAUAGUUAUUGUCUUUAA